CUGGGUUCUUUACAUAUUAAAGGGCAAAAUUCAGAGCAAAGGAGGGGUGUACAGAGCCUGUGAAAAGCAGUGGUUAGUUUAGGGAAAAUAGCGAGGGGCUCUGUGGUUUGGAGCAUUUAAACUCCAUUACUCUUGUUACUUUAACUCUUUCCAGGAUGGCCUACCUACUUCAUGCACUUCAGAGAGUUUCUGCAGGGGUUUUCUUCUUAGCACUUUGGGGCAUGGUUGUAGGUGACAAGCUGCUGGUGGUCCCUCAGGAUGGAAGCCACUGGCUUAGUAUGAAUGAUAUAGUUGAGGUCCUCAGUGACAGGGGGCAUGACAUUGUGGUGGUGGUGCCCGAAGUCAAUUUGCUUUUGAAAGAAUCCAAAUACUACACAAGAAAAAUCUAUCCAGUGCCGUAUGACCAAGAAGAGAUGGAGAACCGUUACCAAUCAUUUGGAAAUAAUCACUUUGCUGAGCGAUCAUUCCUGACUGCUCCCCAGACUGAGUACAGAAAUAACAUGAUUGUUGUUGGCAUGUACUUCAUCAACUGCCAGAGCCUCCUGCAGGACCUGGACACCCUGAACUUCCUCAAGGAAAGCAAAUUCGAUGCUCUUUUCACAGACCCAGCCUUACCCUGCGGGGUGAUCCUGGCUGAGUACUUAGGCCUACCCUCUGUGUACCUCUUCAGGGGUUUUCCGUGUUCCCUGGAGCAUGCAUUCAGCAGAAGCCCAAGCCCUGUGUCCUAUAUUCCCAGGUGCUACACAAAGUUUUCAGACCACAUGACUUUUCCCCAACGAGUGGCCAACUUCCUCGUUAAUUUGUUGGAGCCCUAUCUAUUUCAUUGUCUGUUUUCAAAGUAUGAAGAUAUUGCAUCAGCUGUCCUCAAGAGAGAUGUGGACUUAAUUACCUUAUAUCAGAAGGUCUCUAUUUGGCUGUUAAGAUAUGACUUUGUACUUGAGUAUCCCAGGCCGGUCAUGCCCAACAUGGUCUUCAUUGGAGGCACCAACUGUAAGAAGAAGAAAGACCUGUCUCAGGAAUUUGAAGCCUACGUUAAUGCUUCUGGAGAACAUGGAAUUGUGGUUUUCUCUUUGGGAUCGAUGGUCUCAGAAAUUCCAGAGAAGAAAGCUAUGGAAAUUGCUGAUGCUUUGGGCAAAAUCCCUCAGACAGUCCUGUGGCGGUACACUGGAACCCGACCAUCGAAUCUUGCGAACAAUACGAUACUCGUUAAGUGGCUACCCCAAAAUGAUCUGCUUGCUCACCCGAAGACUCGUGCCUUUAUCACCCAUUCUGGCUCCCACGGUAUUUAUGAAGGCAUAUGCAAUGGCGUUCCCAUGGUGAUGAUGCCCUUGUUUGGUGAUCAGAUGGACAAUGCAAAGCGCAUGGAGACUAAGGGAGCUGGCGUGACCCUGAAUGUUCUUGAAAUGACUUCUGAAGAUUUAGAAAAUGCGCUAAAGGCAGUCAUCAAUGACAAAAGCUACAAGGAGAACAUCAUGCGCCUCUCCAGCCUUCACAAGGACCGCCCGGUGGAGCCACUGGACCUGGCGGUGUUCUGGGUGGAGUUUGUGAUGAGGCACAAGGGCGCGCCACACCUGCGACCUGCAGCCCACGACCUCACCUGGUACCAGUACCAUUCCUUGGACGUGAUUGGUUUCCUCCUGGCCAUCGUGCUGACAGUGGCCUUCAUUGCCUUUAAAUGUUGUGCCUACGGCUACCGGAAAUGCUUUGGGAAAAAAGGGCGAGUUAAGAAAGCCCACAAAUCCAAAACGCAUUGAGAAGUGGGUGGGAAAUAAGGUGAAAUGUUGAACGAUUCCCUAAUCAGUUCCAAACUUUAAAACAGAAUCAGUGUUAAAUUCAUUUUAUUCUUAUUAAGGAAAUACUUUGUAUAAAUUAAUCAGCCCUAGAGUGCUUUAAAAUUUUUUCUUAAAUAAAAAUAAUCAAAUCAUUAGUCAGUAAAGAUAAUUGAAUAUGUAUUGUGCCUCCUCCAGUGUCUUCGAUCAGGAUGACACGGGCCAUCUUUCAGAGGACACGCGGACAGGCUGGCAUUCUAUGUUACUUUUCUUAGUUAGAAAAGUGGCCUGCUUUGGAGUAUGGGAUUCAUAGGCGGUCCCGCCACUGCCCUUACUUCAAAUGGCAGUUUUAACUUUAUCUUUUGGCUUCUGUAGAUGGUUGCGAUUGAUCCUUUACCAAUAAUGGUCGGUCCUCGUCUCUGUCCAUGCUACAUAGAUGUCACCUUCAGUGUUUAAAGAAGGGGAACCUUUGUACCUUCAGAGCAUAGGUGAAAUGAAUGAAUGGCUUGGAGUGCACUGAGAACAGCAUAUGAUUUCUUGCUUUGGGGAAAAAGAAUGAUGCUAUAAAAUUGGUAGGUGGUGUAUUUGAGAAGAUGAUUAAUGCUUAUGUCAAAGGUAGCUGAAUUUGAUAAAAACCCAAAGCACAGCAAUGAAGUGCUGGGCAUGUGUGUUUUUUUCUGAUGUUUCCUACAACUAAAAAUAUCUUAAUAAAUUCAUAUAAAUUAUA